UUGAUUUCUCAUCCUUAUUUUUGAACCAUUUGUUAACUCGAACCCGUAGAAGGCCAAAUUUAACGCUCUUACCGCUGGCCGUUUUCGAUAAACCUUUUAUUUAAAUAACCACCGGUCGGCCGGCCGGCUACACUGCCUCCGUUCUCUCUCUCUCUGCGAUCUUCUCCUCUCUCUCUCUAUCUAUAUGUAUUUAUAUAUAUACACACAGGAAUUACUUUCUUAUCAAAUUUUGCCCUUUUUUGUCGAACCUUUUCGUCGAAAACACCACAAAGCAGCACACAGGCGCGCAGAUUAUUUUCUGUGCUUCUCGCCCAUGGGUUUAACUCCUUAAUCCCUAAACCCCUGAGUGUUUUUGGCACAAAAGUGAUCAUGAACGUCCAAAUUAUAGACCCACUACAGGGGGAUUUUCCAGAAGUAAUAGAGGAGUAUUUGGAGCAUGGUGUUAUGAAAUGUGUCGCCUUUAAUCGCCGCGGAACUCUUCUAGCGGCUGGGUGCUCUGAUGGAAGCUGUAUUAUUUGGGAUUUUGAAACCAGGGGCAUUGCCAAAGAACUCAGGGACAAGGAUUGUGUUGCUGCUAUAACAAGUGUUUGUUGGUCUAAGUAUGGUCAUCGCAUACUUGUGUCUUCUGCUGAUAAAUCAUUGACCCUUUGGGAUGUUGUCGAAGGGGAGAAAAUAGCUCAAACUACACUGUCACAAACCCCAUUGCAAGCUCGUCUACACCCUGGUUCCUCUACUCCAUCUAUUUGCUUAGCUUGUCCCUUCUCAUCAGCACCCGUGAUUGUUGACAUGAGUACAGGAAUCACAACAUUACUUCCCGUGUCAUUAUCUGAUACAGAAAAUGGGGUUGUCCCUCCCCCACGUAACAAGUUUUCAGACGGAUCUACCCCUUUUAGUCCUACUGCGGCAUGCUUUAAUAAGUACGGCGAUAUGGUUUAUGUUGGGAAUUCUAAAGGGGAGGUACUUAUUAUAGAUCAUAAGAACGUCCAAAUAUGCGGUAUUGUUCCUAUUCCUGGGAAUGCUGUAAUAAAGAAUAUGGUGUUUAGCAGGAAUGGCCAGUAUCUUCUGACAAACUCGAAUGAUCGGACAAUUAGAAUCUAUGAAAACCUUUUGCCUUUGAAAGGAGGACUUAAAUUCUUGGAAGAAUCGAAUCAUGCCGGAGAUGAACAAGAUAAAUUUGAAAAGUUGAAAGCUGUUGGAUCAAGGUGUUUAACUCUGUUUCGGGAGUUUCAGGAUUCCAUCACUAAAGUACACUGGAAAGCACCAUGUUUUAGUGGUGAUGGUGAGUGGGUUAUUGGUGGAUCUGCCAGCAAGGGAGAGCACAAGAUCUACAUAUGGGACAGGGCUGGGCAUCUUGUAAAAAUCCUUGAAGGUCCAAAGGAGGCACUAAUAGAUUUAGCAUGGCAUCCUGUUCACCCUAUUGUUGUUUCUGUCUCCUUGACUGGUUUGGUUUAUAUCUGGGCCAAAGAUUAUACUGAGAAUUGGAGUGCAUUUGCUCCAGACUUCAAGGAGCUAGAGGAAAAUGAGGAGUAUGUAGAACGAGAGGACGAAUUUGAUUUAAUGCCAGAAACUGAAAAGGUGAAAGAAUCUGAUGUCGAUGAAGAUGAAGAGAUUGAUAUUAUGGGAGUUGAAAAAGACUCGGGGUUUAGUGAUUCUGAUAUGUCGCAGGGUGAGAUAUGCUUCUUGCCUGCUGAUCCGUCCCCAGAUCUUCCUGAACCACAGGACAAGUUUGUUGGAAGUACUUCAAAGCAGGGGGACAGUAACCAGUCUGCAUCUGCUCUUUCGGAAGAGGCUGGACAAAGUGCUCGUCUAACAAGCCACAUAUCCCCCCCACUUUAAGCAAUGGACAAUUCUGCUGCAGAGGACAACGGAGGAACAAGUUCAAGAAGAAAGAGAAGGUCUUCAGAGGUGUUGUAAGUUUUGCAGGUAGAGAAUCUUUAGGCAUCUUCGUCAAUGAUGAAGGCAUGGUGUAACUCAUCAAAUUCUAUAAAAUUAUCUGCAGUUGCAUAUUUUAUUUGUCCUAAUGUAUUUGUAGAUCAUGUUAAGUUCGGUUCUUGAUACAAAUUGCUCGAAACCUAAUCGGUGUCAAUUUUUUUUUAAAAAUUGCAGAUGCUUUUUGUGGGAUCGUUGUAUUUAGUUUAAACAAAAUUGGUUUCAUUUUUGAGUGCUUACAAGUUC